AUGAGAAUUAAAGACACGCCCAUCAGAGUAGACCAUACUAGCGCAGCGAAACUACCCAAGAUCGCACCCUUUCAAGAUAGUAAGGAAAAACUAGAUAGUUAUCUACUGAGAUUCGAGAGAUUUGCUAGAGUGAAUAGAUGGGAGGACGAACGAUGGGCUGGCGCUUUGAGUGCCUUGUUGUCUGGGAAGGCCCUAGAUGUAUAUUCCCGAUUAUUGGAAGAGGCAGGCAUUGAUUACAGGCAAUUAAAGGAGGCCCUCUUGAAGAGAUAUGACCUGACGGAAGACGGAUACCGGCUUAAGUUUAGGAAAAGCAGACCAGAGCCAGCAGAGAAGCCCGAUCAAUUUAUUCACCGUCUGAAGAACUACCUGAAGAAAUGGAUGAUGUUUUCGAAGUGCGAUCCCAAGUCAGCCGAGGAGGUCACAAACAUGUUCUUAAGAGAACAGUUUUUGGAAGUGUGCCCGAAAGAUCUGGCGGUACAUCUAAAGGAGAGGGAGAUAGCGAGCCUACAAGACCUCGCGAACGCAGCUGAUCGCUACUUGACGGCGCACCAACCGAAGUUUUGCACGAUGUCGAACGCUCCGACCAGUCAACCGACUACGAUUAGUGAUGGUACCGGUAUGGUUUCAAUUAGCGAGAGAGCGUUACGAGAAGGAAAACCUUCAUCCCACUGCUAUAUUUGUGACAAGCCCGGCCACAGAGCAGUCGACUGCCGACUUCGAGGGAAGAGAUGGUGCUUCAAAUGUCAGAAACUUGGACACAAAGCCAAAGACUUUUGGAACCCCGUCAGUACUUCGAGGCAGGAAAGCAGCCAGAAGGCUCCUUAUCGAGCGAGGGUGACAAAAGAUCAUAGAGAUGGAUGCGUAUCGAAGAACAGAAACUCAACCAGUCAUUUAUCGAGUGACGCCGGCAUUGAAACAAGUGGAUGUCUAUUGGAGAUGCCAGCGCGUGCCAAAAACGGAUUUCUAUUCCUCGCUGAUGGCACCGAGAUAAAGUACGUGUCGUAUAUAGAGAACGCCUGCAGCAACCGAGCAUUUCCGAUGGAUGGAGAGAUGCCAGUGAGAGAAGGGACAGUAGAUGACAGAGUCGUACAAACGUUGAGAGACACGGGAUGCAGUGGCAUAUUGGUGAAGCAAGAGCUGGCCAAACCAGAUCAAUACAUGGGAAAGUUUGGAUUCAUCAAGAACGUCUCCGAAGCCAAAGAUCCUAAUGAUCCAAGAGUGAAUCAGUGGAAGGCCGGUGCGUUAACCAGGGUGGCUUCGAGAAGGACCGACUGGAGCAAUCCAUUAGUGACUAGCAUUCGGAGGAAAUGGAUGGAUAUUGACAGAGCACAACUGUCACGUUUACAAUCGGAAGAUACAUCGCUGCGCAGGUACUGGGAUGAAACCAGAACACAGAGGAAAGGAUACCAAGAAGUGGCAUUUGAACUCAAAAACGGCGUGUGGUAUCGACUAUAUAAGCACCCCAAAGUAAAUAUGGGAGAGCAGAUACGUCAAGUGAUCGUUCUGAAGACACUCCGCAAGCAGAUUAUGGAGGUCGCACACAAGUCGGUGAUGAGUGGACACCUUGGUAUAAGAACAACGAGAGACAGUAUCCUCAACGACUUCUGGUGGCCUGGGAUCCAAAGCGACGUGACCAGGUUUUGCAGGGCAAGGGAUGUAUGCCAAAAGACCGUACCUAAAGGCACAGUACCCCGGGUACCUCUUCAAAGAAUGCCUGUGAUAGACACUCCGUUCAAGAGGGUAGCCGUUGACUUGGUCGGACCUAUCUAUCCUCCUAGUGACAGCGGAUGCUGA